AUGGAGCCUGACGAAAUAAGCGCUAUAACAACACGCCUCACUGCACAAUGGUUUGGUUUCUUACAGCAACGUGCUUCUAGACAACAUGAUCAACCAGCAUCGCAACAACAGCAACAACGUUCAUUCAUGCAAUCUCUCGGCCCAAUGUUCGACAUGAGCAACGCAUUGAGUGGUGGUGGACAAGACAACAAGUUUCUGGAAGAGCUAAAGACGUAUGGUCAACGUGUAUUACAAUAUGAAGAUAAAGAACUACUCGAAAAAGCCAUGGAUCAUAUUCCAAUUCAUCGACUUUAUGAGGAAGCCGAACGUGCUGUGGAGAAUGGGGAUGAUCCUGAAUCCUCUUUGGAUGAUCAAGUCAUUAUACGUCUUUUACAUUGGUUCAAGCAUGAUUUCUUCACCUGGGUCAAUGAUCCUCCUUGCGAUUACUGCGGGUCAGACAAAACGGUGCCACAAGGAACAGCAGAGCCCAAUGAACAAGAUAAACGUUAUGGCGCACGCAUUGUCGAGCUUUAUCGCUGCACAACAUGUAACAACAUUACUCGCUUUGCUCGUUACAAUGAUGCAGGAAAGCUAUUGGAGACGCGCCGUGGAAGAUGUGGUGAAUGGGCCAAUUGCUUUACGCUUUGUUGUCGUGCGGUAGGCUCCGAGGCACGCCUUGUGUAUGAUAAGACAGACCACGUUUGGACCGAAGUAUAUUCCGAAUUCAAAGGGAGAUGGGUGCAUUGUGAUUCUGGAGAGGAGGCUUAUGAUCAGCCUUUGUUAUAUAGCGAGGGAUGGGGCAAGAAGCUCAACUACUGUAUCGCCUUUUCUGCUGAAGAAGCCUUCGAUGUGACCAAACGUUAUACAAGGAAUUGGCCUGAAGUGCUAAAGAGACGUGUCCUUGUUGAUGAACAAAAACUCCAAAAGUUUUUGGAUGAUAUGACAGCAGAAAAGCAAAAGAACCUGGAUGAUGAUCGAAAGCAAUUGUUGAAGGAACGACGAAAGAAAGAGGAAAAGGAAUUGGAGGAUGCCGUCAAGAGAACAGAUGUCAAGGACAGUGAGAAGCUAGGCCGAAAGACUGGCUCCAUUGAAUGGCGGAGGGCACGUGGUGAAGAGGGUGGAUUAGUGAACAACAUGAUGGCAUCAUGUAUUCGAGAGCGCAACUUGGCUAUCACGGCAUUCAAUACGGUGGGCUCAGCUAGCAUACGCUCAUCAUCAUCAUCAUCAGGAACGGAGAAGGAGAUCAGGCUGACAACGGCUGAUCCAGAUCAAUGUGGUGCUGCUUAUUGCCAAGAACCGAUCGACGUGACACAAUCCCUUGUGCUGGAUAUUGAGUUUUCAUUCAAAAUUACAAACAAGGAGGGGAAAUCAGCCUAUGAUGGUGCAGAUGGAUUUGCCUUUGUUAUUCAAUCAGCGGGGCCCACAGCCAUUGGCCAAGGGGGAUGCGAGCUUGGCUAUGGUGGUAUCAAGAACAGCGUGGCCAUCGAAUUUGACACAUAUCAAAGUUCGGAUCGCUGCGACGAUCCUUCUGGCAACCAUAUUAGUAUCCAUGCGGUGAAGCCACCCUUACCUAAUUCUGCCCAUCAAAAAAACUCGCUUGGUUACACAUCGCGUAUCCCUGCCAUGAACAGCGGUGCAUGGCUGCACGCACGUAUUCGAAUGUUUAUUGGCCGAGGCUUGAUCGAGGUCGCAUUGAAGGAAUCCGUAACAGAAGAAAGCUAUGUCCCCGUACUCACCAAAGACAACCUUGAGCUUGCUGCUUAUCUCGGCGGUGAUCAAGCAUGGAUUGGUUUCACUGCCAGCACAGGAGGUCUUGCCCAGAAUCAUGACAUUCAAUUGAAACAAGUUACUCUAUUUCGAUCCAAAAACGAAUAA